GCCGGGCGGGCGGCAGAAGAUGGCGAGGGUGUGUAGGCGGCAGCAAUGCUCCGUUGAGAGACGCGGCUUUCGGCAAGAACUGGACUCGUGGCGCCACAAGCUCAUCCACUGCGUAGGUCCCGUUUCCCUCUGUGCGGCGGCCGGCGGGACCAUAAGGGCUUAACUCACAUAUUUAACCCCCCUCCAAAAAGAUUUAAAAGUAUCCUUGAAGGGCUGUUUGGACCUGCGUUAUUAAAAGAUCUCAGUUUAUUUAAAGAGUGUGAACCUGAAAGCAUUUCUGAUUGGGCGUUUGAUGAAAAUUGUCUGUUCUGUUGCUUGAGAAGAGAUAAAGUAAAGGGACAUUUAGUCGGUCUGGAUGAACCAGCUUCCGGAGCUGGGCAAGAAGCUUUGCUUAAGCAAGAGCACGCAAAAAUCAUUCGACUCCAGAGACAAGCAGAAGAGUUCCUCAAUGCAGUCUUUUAUAGAAAAGACAGUCCCUGGGUCUCCGACCCCAAUAUUCCCUUAGUGGCCCGUGAGAUCAUGCAGCGAAUGAUCCAACAAUUUGCUGCUGAAUAUACCUCAAAAACUAGCUCUACUCAGGACCCCAGCCAGCCCAAUAGCACAAAGAACCAAAGCCUGCCGAAAGCAUCUCCAGUCACCACCUCUCCCACCGCUGCAACUACUCAGAACCCCGUGCUCAGCAAACUGCUCAUGGCUGACCAAGACUCACCUCUGGACCUUACUGUCAGAAAGUCUCAGUCAGAACCUAGUGAACAAGACGGUGUACUUGAUUUAUCUACUAAGAAAAGUCCAUGUGCUAGCAGCACUUCCCUGAGCCAUUCUCCAGGCUGCUCCAGUACUCAAGGGAACGGAGAGGAUUCAGCAGAGGCACCCGUAGCUGAUCCUAAGUGUCAAUCAAAGUCUCCACUGGAGAAGUUUAUGGUCAAGUUGUGCAAUCAUCAUCAGAAGCAAUUCAUCCGCGUCCUGAGUGACCUGUAUACUGAGUCUCAGCCAGGUUCUGAGGACUUGCAGCCUUUGGAUUCCACAGCGAUGGACGUCUCUGCUUGCGAUUCGGGCUGUGCCCAGCUGAGCAGCAGAGAAGAUGAAAAGGAUGAUUGUCUCGAGGGUAGUUCUCCUGCCUCUGUAAAGUUGUUCUUAGACUCAUCCGGUUCUCCUAGCUCCCUGAAUGUGACUGAAGAAACCAUGAAGGAACCACCUCCUGAGAAAGACUCUGUAGAUGGGAGAGACAAUGCGCUGAGCACUGUCCAGAAAGAUUCCUCUGAACCUCUAGACGGUCAACAUAACCCCACAAGUUCUGCAGACAGUCCCACCACGGGAUGCCUCAGUACACUGGACUCUUUCUCCUCUAAUUCCCCCCACAGUUCUAAAAGCUUAGAGGGGCAAACCACUGGCCAGGAGCAAGACACAAACAAGAAACCCUGUGAGGAUGCCGAAGACAGUGCCCCAGCGUCAGUCCAAAGUCUGGCUGCAGUGGAAGAGGUAGCUGAGAAUACUGAAGAGGGUGGUAGCUGUAUUGUGUCUCAAAGAAACUCAGUCAGAGCUUUAUCAGAAGAGACAUGGGACUCGGGGUUUAUGGGAAACUCAUCUAGUACUGCAGACAAAGAGAAUGCUUUACAGUGUAGCUCAAAAACAUCCUUACACCAGGAUUUAGAGACAGAUGAGCAAGAUGCAAGGCCAAAGCAAGAGAACCAUCUUCAUUCACUAGGUAGAAACAAGGUGGGUUUCCAGACUUAUCCCAGAGACAAGAGCCAAUUUGAUCAUUCCAGAGGUGGUUGGUUAGCUCCCAGCCCCAAGCCAACUAUACACAGAGCAUCCAAUGGUCACUCACAAACCAAGAUGAUGUCGGCCUCCAUCAAGACUGCUCGGAAAAGUAAGAGGGCAUCCGGGUUGAGGAUAAACGAUUAUGACAACCAGUGUGAUGUUGUUUAUAUCAGCCAACCAAUAACAGAAUGCCACUUUGAGAAUCAAAGAUCCAUACUGUCUUCUCGGAAAACAGCCCGAAAGAGUACCCGGGGAUACUUCUUCAAUGGUGACUGCUGUGAGCUGCCAACUGUUCGCACACUGGCCAGAAAUUUAUGUUCCCAAGAUAAAGGAAGCUGCUCACCAAUAGCAUCAGAGGCAGUGGUGACUCCCAAGCAGACUCUUAUUCCCACCUCAAAGCACACGGUAGGUGUGCAGCUUCCCACAGUAGGUGUGCAGCUUCCCACAGUAGGCGUGCAGCUUCCCACAGUAGAUGUACAGCUUCCCACAUUAGAUGUGCAGCUUCCCACAGUAGGUGCACAACUUCCUACAACUGAUGUGCAGCCUCCCACAGUAGGUGUACAACUUCCUACAGCGGAUGUACAGCCUCCCACAGUAGGUGCACAACUUCCUACAGCAGAUGUGCAGCCUCCCACAGGAAGUGUACAACUUCCUACAGCAGAUGUGCAGCUUUCCACAGUAGGUACACAACUUCCUAGAGUAGAUGUCCAGCUUUCAUCAGUAGAUGCACAACUUCCUACAGCAGAUGUGCAGCCCCCCACAGUAGGUGCACAACUUCCUGCAGUGGAUGUACAGCUUCCCACAGUAGGUGCACAACUUCCUGCAGUGGAUGUACAGCUUCCCACAGUAGGUGUACAACUUCCUGCAGUGGAUGUACAGAUUUCCACAGUUGAUAUGCAGCUUUCCACAGUAGGUGAGCAGCCUCUAGAAGAAAAUAUCUGUGACGAUCCUAGGAAAGACAGAACCUCCCUUGAGGGAGGGGACGAAGACACAUCAGCAAAAGAGCAUCAGGAGGCAGAGGUUUGCCUCAGCAUGCAGGAACAGGAUCCUAGUAGCUCCCCUAGGCCGGGAGAAACCACAGCCUCUAGCCCAGCAUGCCUCCUGCCUGCUCUCCUCCCUGAUGACGAUAUGUCUGAGGUGCCAGAAGGCAGCAUUGUGAUCUCACCUCCCACAGAAAGUGUGCUGUCUUUCCCAGAACAAGACCAACCAACAGCCUCCCUGCAAGACCAGCCACCAGCCUCCCAGCUAGGUCCAGAGGAAAUGCAGGCACAGGAGCGCCACUUCACCUCCCGGGAGGACAGUGAAGACCACCUCUGUAGACCUCAGUCUUCUCCUAAAACAGCCGUGAGAGAGGAGAGUUCUCCAUGCUCAGAAGAUGAAAGUUCCGCUGUGGCUUUAGAUCCACCCCUAGGUCUAGAACUGUCUGAGCAUGACCAGAGCACCAGCACUGAGGAGGCUGACACCAGAGACACGCCUGGGGAGACACUGUUGCUUGACGACUCCCUGCCCCUCCUGGAGAGCAGCACUGUCACUGAUGAGAACCCAAGUGACAUGGAAGAAGGUGAGGCUGCAAGUGGAACAGGACACCUGGAGGAGCAUGACAAUGAUAGAAAAUACUCAGCAGAAAAUGAUCCGAGUGAGCCAAACUCUGACUCACCUGAAGAGAAUGUGGAUAAGAAGAAAAAGGCUAGAAAGUUCCCCGAGGCCUCUGAUAGGUGCCUAAGAAGUCAGCUUGUAGAUCCUUCCUCUGCUGACAGGUACCCAGGAAGCCAGGGUUUGGAUUCAUCCGCUGCUUGUUCUGAAAUCAGGGUUUCUAAAAAUCCUGCUGUAAAGCAUUCUAAAAGAGAAGGGGACUCUGGUGGGGUGACAUCUGAGGGCCCAGUGAGUGACAGCAUCCAUACAGACAAUCUGGAGGACCCUGAAGACCCUGGUGUUAGUGAACAUUCCUCUGAUGAAGAGACCAAGCAGGAGACUGAAGGAGUUGGUGUCAUUACAAGGCAGACUGUUAAAAACUCGCUGGCAAAGGAAAUUAAAAGGGAAGAGGGAGGGACUUCCCCAAACAGUGACCCAGCCACUGUUGGCCAGCCAUUGCCUGGGGACAACCUGGAAACCCAUGACUGGUCCAAGAUAGAUGAGAGAAAUGCCCAUGUGCCCUCAGAACGCAUUCCUCGCAAGAGGGACCCAGAGCAGGUAAAAGAGAACCUGGGACACAUUGCCCUACAGGACACAGAGGCCGCAGCUGUGAGUGAGGAUACCCACGGUCAAGAUGAUGCUGGCCUCGCUCCAGGCAGCUCAUCUGGGAUAUCAGCCAGUCAGAGUGACGGAGCUGAUGGGCCACCAAAAUCAGUAACAAGGCCUAAGAGACUGCCUUCUUUUACCUACAACCUGAGACAUGCUCAUUGUGUGAAUACCUCGGACACUACAAAAAUGACUUCAGAAAAGCAGGGCACACAAGUAGAUCCAGCAGCCAAGGAAAGCGGAACUUCUGAGAGCGCAGAGCCCUUAGAUGAGGAAGACGAGGACUCGGUGGUGGAAGAGCAGCCCAAGUUUGUGGGAUGGUGCGCAGAAGAGGAGAACCAGGAGCUCAUCGCCAGCUUCAACGCCCACUACCUGCGAGUUCAGAAGGGCUGGAUCCAGUUGGAGAAGGAAGCUCAGCCAACAGCAAGAGCAAGAAGCAAGUCUGACAAGCUGAAGGAGAUUUGGAAGAGCAAGAAGAGGGCUCGGAAGUGUAGGGGUCCAUUGGAGGUGCAAAAAUUUUCUCCCGUUCAGAUGCUCUUUAUGACAAACUUUAAGCUGUCUAACAUCUGUAAGUGGUUCUUAGAGACAACAGAAACUCGAUCUUUGGUCAUUGUGAAGAAACUCAAUACUCGUCUUCCAGGAGAUAUCCCCCUUGUUAAACACCCUCUUCAGAAGUACCCUCCUUCCACCAUGUACCCUAGUUCACUACAGGCAGAACGCUUGAAAAAACACUUAAAGAAAUUCCCUGGAGCCAUUCCUGCUAGGAAUAAUUGGAAGACACAGAAGCUAUGGGCUAAACUACGAGAGAAUCCUGACCUGAUAGAGCCAGAGGAUGGCAGUGACAUCAGCCUCUGCCCUAGCAGUGAAGACAGUGUGGAGGAAGUCAGGGAAGGUAGAAGCCAUCCUCCCACCAACUUGCCUACUCCAGCCAGCACCCGGAUCCUUAGAAAGUAUUCCAAUAUUCGAGGAAAGCUCAGAGCACAGCGCCUAGACAGCUCACUGGGUGGGGCUUCUGAAACGAAGCAGGGCCGCAAGAGCGUAUGCAUCAACCCGCUCAUGUCCCCAAAGCUCGCCCUCCAGGUGGGUGCAGAUGGGUUUCCCGUCAACCCCAAGAGAGCUGAGAGAAGCAAGGGGAGAAGAGGGAAGCAGAUGCCAGAAACUUUGCUUAAAGUGGAAGGUCAGAACAAGCGCAAGAGAGCAGAAGGCUCCGGUACUCAAGACGGUAAGGACAAGGGGCCGGCACCGAAAGCCAGCAGAGGCCUUUCUGCCAAGAAGCUAGCUGCAAAGGACAGAGGCAACCAACUCUCCAAGAAGAUGACCUUGAAAGAGAAUAAAGUGAGAGUCUGUAGAAAGGGUCCUGGAAGGAGCUGCCUGUCAUCCAGGAAAGAAAAAGAGAAUGCAAACAGAAGACCUGGCCAUCCUGCGACAGCCUCUGAAGCGCUGACAAAGCCUUCAAAACAAAGGGGCGCACGAGAAGCCUCUUCAAAGCCCCCAAAAGUGAGGAGGAGAAACCGGAAGCUGAGCAGUGGUAGGGGCCGUGCCAGACCCUUAGCAAAAAGCCCAGAGAACCGGACUGCCCCGAGAAAAAGAAAGCUCAAGGCCAAACUGGACUCUUCCCAGGGCAAACGGAGGCGAUUAGAAGCCAAGUGAUAGCUAGCUGGGUAGCCACUGAGAGCAGCGGGCCCAUGAGAGCAAGCUUCCAUUUUGCAUUAACAGAAUCUGGUCUUAUGAGCCUCUCAAGCCUUUCACGGAGUAGUUACGGGGAACGCCAGUUUGAGAUGCCAGAAAAUGCAUCUUAACUGGAGAACAGAGUUCUUCUCUGGGGCUAAGGGAAGUUGUAGGUUAUUUUCUGGUUGUUCCUUGGGUUUUAAACUUGGAACCAAGCAGUUUCUGUUUUAAGAAGUACAGUGCCUUAUUUAUCCUUUUUGUUUAAAAAUUUACAAAAGCUAAGAAGCUGAUGUAUGUGACUAAAGGCUUGUAUUUUAUACUUGACGCACAAGCACUUGUUCUGUCACUGAGGAGGCCGCCGCCACACAUGCACGAGCGGGUGAGGAGCUGUCAGCAGCUACCUGUGCGACCCUGGACAGGUGCACCUUGCAGACCGCAGCACAACUCCCUCUCUAUCUUGUUUGGUUUUUAUUUGAUUGAUAUUUGAAAGCUAAACCAAAUCAUUUCUAUGGUAUGUGGAGAAUGCAGGGGAUUUAUAAUUAUUAUAAAAGAUUAAUAUUUCUGUUACUUUUCUUCCAAAACUCAUAUUGUUGAUCACCCCUUCAUCUUUUUAUUUUUUUAAAUCAUUUCAGAUCAUGUUCUCAAAUUUGUGUGCCCAUGGGACAAAGAUGUGCUGUAUACACUUCCUUUCGUUGUUGUUGUUUUGUUUUGUUUUGCUUUGCUUUUUUUGCCCCAAACUAUGUUACUACUAACAUGCCGGUCAUUUGGCCACUAGGAUGAGUGACUCUUGCUUUCGUUCUUACACAAAGUAUUUCCCUGCGCAUCAGAAGUUCUUUCUGGCCGUGGAAAAGCUUAGCCGUGUGCAUAUGCAUCUUAUGUGCACAUGGCUGCUACCCGCAAGUGUCUUCUGGUAGUGGUUUCACAGUAAAGUUCCUCCUUCCCCACACAGUGCAUCUGUGAGCUGUGUAGUUAGCAAUGGCCGGAAUGUUUGAAAGUAAUUCCGAGUCUCCGUGUGCAUUUCUAAUCUGACUUCCACAUCAGACUUGGGAGAGGUGUGAGCAGUGGUCUUGAGAGACCAGGCGCGCAGGCAACUGAUAGCUGCUACUCUGAAUCUUUGCAGAGCCACAUCCCCACAGAUGAGUGGCGUUCGGUGGGCUCUCUGAUGUGAGUGUCUGUGCCUGGGGUAGGUGUCUUUUCAAACUGAUAGUUCCUUUCUCUUGGCUCAACACAUGCAGAGUUGCCCCCUCCCCUCCCAUGUCAUCCUGUCCCAUGACUCAGAAAUGAGAAACGCAAUAAUUGAAAGUGACGUUUGCCUUUCCUUGGUGGAGCCUGACACGGCCCCAUUGGCUUUACUUGGUGCCUACAGCAUUGCUCCAUUAUAAGUGUGUACUUGACAUUUUCAUUGGGCCAGUCAGCAAACCCUGGGUCGCUAAAGCCUCCGUCGGCUUUGAAGUAUUUUGUCACCAAAAUAGGCUUGCAUGGACAGCUGCUGCCCUGUUCUUCUGAUCAAGUUUCUACUUAGGUUGAUACAGAUCUUUUUUAGAUCAACCCAGAUGGGCUUCUUUUAUAUGCAAAUCAUGAUAAAACAGGUCUUCUACCUAUUUUGCUAUUGUCAAAGGUUUGCUGCAGAUAAUGGAAACUUCUGAUAAUUUGAUAGGACUGGAGUAUUUGAUUCUUGAGAAGUUAAGAAUUAUAUUGAA